AUGGGUGUGCUGCCGAGAGUGUCCCAGCGACCAACCAGCUCUCUCCAACAACGCAUAUCCCCUGCCACAGGCUUCCUCGUCGACGCCUCGCCUCUCGAUUGGGAGGACUCGCUCGAGGUGGUCAAGUACGUGCGCCAGCACGGUAUCGAGCAGUUCAUCCGGCACUACCGCCGCGUCGAGGCCAUCGAGGGCGACAUGCUGCGGUGGGGCGAUGAGCUCGAAUACGGCAUCUUCAAGAUCGACGAGCAGGGCCACAGCGUCAGGCUCUCACUGCGAGCUCCCGAGAUUAUGAAGCAGCUGCGACAGAGGGAAGAGGCAGCCGGCGACUCGGCCGGCCAGAGCUGCGCGUGGAUGCCGGAGUUUGGCUCUUGGAUGGUGGAAGGGACGCCCGGCCAGCCCUAUUCGGGGUAUGCUGCCGACCUUCUGCUUGUGGAGCGCAACAUGCGCAUCCGCAGGGCCCGCCUCCUCGCGGCCCUCGCCGCCGACGAGAUCUGCCCCACGGUGACGGCCUUCCCGCUGAUGGGCGUUGGCUCCUGCUCUCACCCGCCCGCCGAUCCAAAGCCGGGCCUCUCCGAGUCGCUCUUCGUGCCGGACGAAGUCAUCAACCCCGCGCCCCGCUUCGGAGCGCUCGUCGCCAACAUCAGGCGGCGGCGCGGCUCAAAGGUCGACAUCUGGAUGCCGCGGUUCGCCGACGAGAAGACGCCGGCCUUUGAGCGUCACGCGGGCUGCCCCCCGCCGGAGACGCGCGCCGAGGCGCUGCAGAUGGAGGAGGUGUACAUGGACGCAAUGGCGUUCGGCAUGGGCUGCUGCUGCCUGCAAGUCACCUUUCAGACGCGAAACGUCGCAGAGUCGAGGCACCUGUUUGACCAGCUAGCGGUGCUCGCGCCGGUCAUGCUCGCGCUCACCGCCGCCACGCCCAUCGCGCGCGGUGUGCUGCUCGACACCGACGUCCGCUGGGACAUCAUUGCCCAGUCGGUCGACGAUCGCACUCCCGCCGAGCGGGGCAUGGAUGACGGGGCGGCCCGGCACCCGGAGAUGGCCGGAGGAGGGGUGAAAAGGCUGCCAAAGUCGAGAUACGACUCCAUCUCCUCGUUCAUCUGUGACCACCUCGGCGGCAAGGACGAGCAGACACGCACCGAGCGGUACAACGACGUCGACGCGCCAAUCGACGAGGAGGCGCUCCAGACGCUCCUCGACGCGGGCGUGGACGCGGUGCUGGCGAGGCACCUGGCGCACCUCUUCACGCGGGACCCUCUCGUGGUCUACCGCGAGCGCAUCGAGCUCGACGACGAUACCGAGACGGACCACUUUGAGAAUAUCCAGUCCACCAACUGGCAGACGGUGCGCUGGAAGCCGCCCCCCGCCAAGAGCGACUCGCACAUCGGCUGGCGCACCGAGUUCCGCUCGAUGGAGGCGCAGCACGCCGCCUCCCUCUCGCUGCAGGUCCAGCUGACCGACUACGAGAACGCCGCCUUCACCACCUUUGUGGUGCUCGUCUCGCGCGUCAUUCUCUACUUCAACCUGAACCUGUACACCCCAAUCUCGUGCGUCGACGAAAAUAUGAGACGCGCACACGCCCGCGACGCCGGCGGCGACAUGGACUCGAAGCGAGACUCGCGCGCCUCCGCGUCUUGCGGCCGCACCGCGGGCGUGGAGGAGCUCUCGCUGUACGAGGUGAUGGUCGGGCGGGGCGAGUUCAAGGGCCUCGUGCCGAUGGUGCUGACCUACUUGGAAUUGAUCGAGACGGAUAGCGCCACGAUGAGCUCCCUCUCGGGCUACCUUGACUUCAUCGUCGCUCGCGCCAGCGGCCGGCUCCACACGCCGGCCCGGUGGAUGCGCGACUUCGUCUGCUCGCACCCGGACUACCGCCAGGACUCGGUCGUCUCGGAGCGGAUCGCCGCCGACCUGCUCGCCAAGUGCCACCGCAUCGGACUCGGCGUCGAGGCGGCGCCCGCGCUUCUCGGGGACGUCGUGAUCCCGGAGGUCCGCGCAAAGGACGCCUACGCCGCCGCCGACAUGGGCGACUCGCACCGCCUCUCGCGCAUCUCCCGCUCGACCGCCGAGCUGAUGGCGUCGCACCAGUUCCGCUACCAGCUGCAGGAGCGCCGUACCCGGCUCCAGGCGAGCGAGGCCGACCUCCGCAAGAAAUGGGAGAAGACGCGCCACGAGCUGGAGGAGGUGGAGGCGCAGAUCGCCUUUCUGAGCCCGAAGUAG